AUGGCGAGUGCUGAAGCCAGGGCAGCUCCUUCCCAGAACUCACACCCCAACACAAGACCUUUUUGUGGCGACUCCAACCUCGCAACUCAACCCAACACCAUGCUGUGCCAGCUCCUCGCUUGGUUGCUGCGCAGAAUCAUGCCGUUCAACAUACGGCAGCCUUGUGCAGACCCUCCUCUCAGGGACGGGAGGGAGGACCUCGAGACCCUUCGUGCCCGGCAUGCUCCACGACGGCCACUGAACGCGCCCAUCCCAACCGACUCGCCAACCGAAGCAGCCUACCUUGCCGGCGCCACUGCGCUUCCUGGCCUCAUCAGAGCCGUCCUGGACGAGACCCAUCCUUGCAUGAUCAUCGCACGCGCUGCCCAGGCCAUCUCCAUCGCUGCCUCUACCUCGCAGUCCCACGCCGCCUUGCUUGCUGCUGUCAACACAAUGGAGACCCUAGCCAUUCUCGCUUACGAGGAAGAAUGCGACCCAGAGGCAUUUGAUCUCGAGAACGAACUGCAGAUACUUGGCAAUUCCAUCGACACUCCUGUGCGCCGAGCCUUGGCCCAGAAGCCGCCUUCCAACUCCUUCAUUCCGCACUACGAUCCCCUCCCUGCCGGAGCUGGCUCUGCCGACACAGUUCUAGCUGAUAGGGCUUUCCUGGAGACCUUCAUCCUCAACAAGCACAUUAUUCGACCGUCGACGUAG